CGGAGUUGGCCGCGUGCGUUUCUGGGUUUUCCCGCGCGGGCAGCACCCCGAGAAAAAAAGCUCUCCUCCUUUCUUCGCUUCGUUUUGUUGGAUUUUCCUCCGCUGAUCGGUUCGUCGUUGCGAGUGUGGAAAAGUCUCGUGAAAGCUUUUCCCCGGUCGCGUUCAGUCCGCGGUUGUCCGUCCGUCAGUUCAGUGGUGCGCGCAAAAUUCGGAGUGGCUUUUCUGGAGAAAAAAAAUAAAACUUUCCCAACUCUUUUGAGAACAUUCCAAAAUGCUGUCUGUAUGCAGACUGUAGUCUCGAUUGGCAAAUAAAAACCUCUGAAUUUAUAAUAACUCAGUUCAAUAAACCCGUGUCUUGGUCCAAAUUCACUGCUAAAUCACAGAAAACAAAUCCAAAUAAACCAAAACAGACACUUUCCUUCGCAAUUCAUCAAGCGGAUUUCACUCAACCAGACUAGCCAGCAAUCUUCGUAAAAUAUCACUCAGACAAAAAGACAGUACUGCGGCCAUCGAGGAAGAGGGAGGCCGGAGGAAAUCAAGUGGUUUUCAGUGAUCAUCAUUCAAGUGCCUUUUCGCGCGCGCUCGCUCGUGGCGGAAACAGCUUUGACCACGUGAAGAGAAGCCGGCCGCCAUCAGCCAUAAGCAGUGUGCAGUGUGAUUGUCAUUAAUCAUUGUUAGUCUUUUCAAGCGUGACACACCGACCGCGGCGAAGAACAAUCCUUCCGAGAAAGUGAGGUUUAGGAGGCAAGUUCGGUUCCAAAAUAUUUACCCACGAUGAAUGAAUUCCUGCGCCAACGGGAAACCGUCACCGUCGAGGGAAGAAAACUGCUUCCAGUGAAUUGAUUGCCCUCUGCACCAUUGAGGAAAAGUUGUGACCACCGCCAUUCAGUUGGUGUGAAUGGUGUGAAGAAAAAGGAUUAAGCGACCGUAACUAAAGCCUCUCCUGUUAAUUAAUCAAACCAUUAUGCGAUGAUUAUACGCGCUAGUGCGACUCCGACGACGACGACGACGACGACGACUAGGACGACCUCCUCAAGUUUCGCGUCCUCUUCCAAGCUCCUCUGCCAUCAUCGAAUCAACGCCGAUCCUGCCAGCAGUCAUUACCGUCAUCAUCGAUACCAUCAGUGGAAAGUCGUAGAGCGUGACCAACCGACACCAGAAUGGCCACCACUGCCCGGAGUACGUCGGUCAUUUUCGGAGUGGCCCUGCUACUACUGGGCUUCCUGAAAGAGGUGAUGGCUGUAAAAAACUACACCCUAAAACCACGAGUGGUUCUUCCUGAAGACUAUGUUAAAGAGGUGAGGCCACCGUCCAAGAAGGGCACUCCAGUGGUAGUCGAGUUUAGCAUAUUCGUCGUCGACAUCAACUCGAUCAACGUGGAGGACAUGGACUUCAGAGUAGAUAUGUUUGUGCACCAGAAGUGGGUCGAAUCGCGGCUGGAUUUGCACGAUGACAUCUUUGAGGAGGGUGACGAUCACGUUAUACUUCCGCCCGAGUUUUUCGACAACCUCUGGCAGCCGGAUCCGUACUUUCUGAACUCGAAAAUUUCAGAAAUCGCAACCCUGACGCACAAGUUCUCCUCGGUAACGCUGUACAAAAACUCAACGGUCCGGUACGCGUGUAUGAUGCAUGCGAUCAUCGCCUGCCAGAUGGAGUUUCAGCUGUACCCGAUGGACAUCCAGAUCUGUCCGAUCUACAUCGAGAGCUUUUCCUACCACAAUCAGAAGAUUCGGCUCAAGUGGGCCGACAACGGGGUCACCAUCAACCCGGAGCUCAAGCUGCUGCAGUACAACCUGGGUCAGCCACUGCAGCUGGAGGAGACCGACGGGUACAUGCCGGAAAAGUACGGAAACUUUUCCCGCCUGGCGGUGUAUUUCCGGUUCGAGCGCCAGAUUGGCCACCACCUGAUACAGACCUUCGCUCCGUCCACGCUGGUUGUGAUGCUGUCCUGGUUCAGCUUCUGGCUUGGUCUGGACGCCAUCCCGGGCCGGGUAACGCUACUGGUGACCUGCAUGCUCACCCUGGUCACCAUGUUCACCGGAAUGCGGGCGGACAUCCCGCCGGUGGCAUACGUUAAGGCCCUGGACCUCUGGAUGGCCGGCUGCAUGAUGUUCGUGUUCUCCGCGCUGGCCGAGUUUGUGGUGGUCAAGGUGCUGGACGUCCAGUACCAGUACCAGGUGAACAAGGUUCCGAAGGUGCUUCCGAUGCGAAUCAGUGCCAUGGAGAAGGGUCAGUGCGCGACGGUGGCCAACUGGGAGGGCGGAACGGUGAGCGUUCGACCGCGGAAAUCAACCCAAACUCCGACCACCCCCGGCCAGGUGUCUCUGCAGGGCAACGGAGGUCCACAGCCACCGUCGGCGAAGCAACCUACGCGACGGCAAAGUAUCCUGUCGGUGGCCUGGACCGACACCGAUACCGGCAUCGAGAAGAUCAUGUGGCGCGAAAUCGACAAAAUGUCCCGCGUGGUGUUUCCGGUGCUGUUCCUGGUGUUUCUCAUACUCUACUGGCCAAUACUGAUCUUUAAAACGUCCUGAUCGGCGUCACAUUCCGGACCGUCGUAGAGUGUUAUAAACCGUGCAGUUCAGUCUCUUAAGUUGUGUUAUCUUAAACUGAAUCUUCAUCCUUUACUUUCCUCUCCAGCACCUAAGAUUAAGACAACUCGUUUACGUAUCUCACAUAUACAUUAUUGAAUCUUUAUGAAAUUCAAAGCGUAGCUCAUCACUGACUUUUUGAAUUAAUUUCUUUUGUAAAUUUAAAAGUGAGUAAUUUACCACCAAUCCCGGAAAUGGAUUUUACUUAUAUUUAUGGAUUUGGCUCAAACUUUGAGGGGGCCUUCCCUGUUACCAAAGAAGUAAUUUUGUGUCAUUUGUUCAACUAUGGUCCCCUUGGAACAAGCUGUCAAGUAGGACCUUUCCUGUGAAGAAGAACCGUUAAGUUAUUUUUUUUAAAUUGAAUUAAAAAUCCAUCAGAAAAAAAGCUCUAUCGUUGAGAACAAUAAUAUCACAAAGUUAAGCUUAAUUUAAGGACCCAAUUUUUGCAGCUGUUCAUAAAAAAAUGGUAUAUUCGAAAAUCUAUAACUUUUCAAGGAAUUUUAUGAUUGAUUUUGGUGUCUACAGCAAAGCGGUUGGUAUUAAUGAGGACUAUUCAGAAAAAAUAUGUACACGGAAAAAUGGUAAUGUUUUAUUUUUAUUUUCACAAAAGUUCAUGUUCCCAAAAUUUAUAUUUUAAUUGUUUAAUUUUUUUCUAUGUUUUAAGGGACAAAACCCCGCAUCUUUCAUCUUUUAUCCAAUAGUGAUUUUGCAAAAAAAAAAAAUGUACUUAAAAUUUGUUUGAACUAUUUUUUUAUGUAAAAUCGAAUCUGCAAUUGGAUUGCCUACUUUUUUGAUUAAGUGCACCGUUUUGAAAAUAUAGCCAUUCAAAGUUAAAUUUUGUCCGAAAAAUUC